AUGCGACCAUCCCAUUCCGCCCCGGCGUUCGUUGCGCUCCUCUGCGCGACCGUUGCAUCGGCCCUUUCGCCGGCAAAGCUGCACUGUCUCCGAUCGAGAAGUCUCGAGCUCGCCAAGCUCGCGGCCUGCGGCGAGCCGGGAUCCGUGGCCCACUGCCUGGAUAUGCUCCCGGACGAACUGACGCAGACGGACCUCGAGAAGUGCUACAUGCAUGCCGGCUGCGAGGUCGCCGAGGCCAUCAUCGAGUCGCAGUGGACGCUCGACAGGUGCGGCGACGACGGUAAUAUGCCGGCGGAGCUGCGAAAGCGCCACGCGCCCGUCUUUGCACGCCAGACAACGGCCGCCGAGACGACCGUGGCGGCGGCGACGGGUACUGCCACGGGCACGGGUACGCGGUCGUUGAUCAUUUGCUCAACGACGACGACCAAGUCAACGACGCUGUGCCCGGUGGUGUCCACGGGCGUCCAGAGGGGCAGGACGCUCAAGGAAGGGUGCUACCCGACGCAGGUGUCGUUCGCGACGUGCGCGGCGGGCCUGCUCUGCAAGGACGACCCGGCGGGCAAGCCGUCGUGCCUGGUGCUGGACAACACGGUGUACCCCGGAGGCGUAGCGGUGGCGCUCUUCUUCGCGGUGGUCAUCACGGGCGCCAUUGCGUGGAUCACGUUCCUGUGCUGCCGCGAGAAGAAGCAGAAGAAGCGCAUCGCCGCGCGGGCUGAGGCGGCGGCGAUCGCGAGGCAGAAUAUCAAGCAGAGGCCGACGGUGCAGGUCGGGAACGCGGACAGCCAGCCGCUCAUGACGCACGGCCAGCCGGCGGCCGGGUACGACGCGCAGGGCCCCUUUGGCGACCAGCAUCGGAUGUGA